UCUCCGUCUCUCACAGAUGAAGCGAGCCCGGCGUCGGCUCACGCUCAAGCUGAGCCAUACGAACAACCAACGACGGCCCCCACAGAAACAGCAAUGGGGUUGCCUUCAACUCAUGAAAGCACAACAUAUCAGACCACAUAUAGCCAAAAUGGUGAUAUCCAAAGGCCAGUUCAGGAAUCGAAUCAACCCACGAGAGAGGAGACUCCUCUCCAUACAGCCGUGAUUUGGGCCAUCUCAGUGAUUCGACAGCGAGCUGAAGAAUUCAAAGACGGCAAAUGCCCGGCCAACAAUGCUGAGCAGAGUCGAUAUACCACACUGCUAAACGCAUGCCACAGUUUGGAUGCCGUUUUCCUAAUUGUUCAUCAACAGUGCUGCUGCUGGAAGCUGGACAGAAAGGCGGCAUAUGCAGCCUUGGUCCCCAUCCCCCCUGAACUCAUCGAUAUAGCCUUUAGUGAGCUCUGUAGCGUCUUUAGUGAUGAUAAGCACAUGCAAAUAACCGACCCUCAUUGGCAAUGGUUCUCAAAUUUCCCUGGAUUUAGAAACGUUGUUGGCCUUGACCGGAUAUAUAUCCAGGCCAAGGACUUCAUCGCCGCGUUUGCCAUGCACUGGCCGGCCAUGAAGAAAAGUCUCCUAUCUCAGAUGAUACCACCAAUGGCGUAUCAAAUCCGCGAUAUCCUUAGAUGCGUGUCAAACACAAUCGCCAGUGCACUAUUUAAGCGCAUCCGCAAAACAAUCGGGAUUCCGGAUGGCCCAAUGUCCGCCAGGCUCAACCAUCUCUUCACCAUGGACAAUCGCCAAGAGCUCAAUUUCGAAGAACAGAGCGUCCCGCAGGAAGAGAUGGACAGAGUUCGCAGCACGAUGAUGACGACUUACGUGAGCUUCGUUCGAGAGACACGAGAAGAACAAGCCCGUCUGACUGAGGUAGGUGCAGUAUCAGCUGCGCCAGCUGCCAACACAUCCCACACAAUGCCACCACUUCCCUCAUCCAAUCACGCCAACAUCAACACAAACACAAAUAUAAAUAGGCUAGCCGCACCACCUCAGCAACAGCCACCUUCACAAGGUCCUCCUCAGUGCCAGGCGCCUGAUACCGUGAACCAUCAACCUCACGCAGCUCCUCCAGAGCCUUCUCACCAACAGCCACAGCAUCUUGAAAACUCUCAGCCUGCGGUUCAUCCACCGACUCAGUCCGCAGCGAAUUUCCAAAACCAGCCUCAGCCCCCUCAACCUCGAUCUCAACUUCCACCUCAACCUCAGCAUCAGCCUCAAAUUCUACCCUCUCAGCAUCCACCUCAACCCCAACAGCAACCUCAAUCUCAACUUCCACCUCAACCUCGACUUGAACCUCGGCCUCAACAUCAACCUCAGCCUCAACAUCAACCUCAGCCUCAACCUCAAUCCCAGCAUCAACCUCAAUCCCAGCAUCAAUCUCAGCACCAACUUCAGCAUCAACCUCAACUUCCACCUCAGCAUCAACCCCAACUUGAACCCCAACCUCAGCACGAGCCUCAGCCUCAACUCCAACCUCAAAAUCAGCAUCAGCAUCAACCUCAGCUCCAGCCCCAGCAGUCUGGUCUACGAUAUCCAACUGGUGUGAUUCACUGCCAACAAACCUCACAUCCUUUGAUGGCACCAAAACCACCGGGGCAGCCCGUCCCAGAGCCUUCGAACCUGCUCCCUCCGAUAAUCCCACCGCAAAAUGAUAUGGAAUCAACACCGCCCACAGCCAUGUCCCAGCAACAGCAGCAGCCGGGCCACAGCUACGGUCCUCCUCCUCCUCUUCAUCAUCACCACAAUCAUCCUCAACAUCCUCGUUAUACUCCUCAUCACCAAGGCCAUCCUCACCAGCAUCAAUAUCAGCAUCAAGAUCCUCGCUAUCGCCCUCACAGUCACGACCAGAGCCCGAGUCUCGAUGCCCGGCCAAUGCAGCAUCCCUCUCAGACCAUGCAGGUCCCUUUGCCAUCUCCAUGGCCACGAGAGCAGCAAGUCCAGACACAGGGCGGUGGCAGCCGCCAAUAUCAGACACCGCCACCUCUGCCGCCAAACAGUCCAUAUCAGCACCUAUCUCACCCACAUUACCAUCACCAUAUGCCUCCAGGACAGGUUGCACAAGCUCUUCAGCUUCCAUCGGCAUCCCACGCCCUUCAGGCCCCUUGGACACCUCAACCUCACCAAGUACCUCGGGCCUCUCAGCUUCAAAUGGCCCCGCAACCCUUUAUGACGCCUCAGCAUCAUCAGCUUCACCACGCCACAGCACAAAUGCUGCAAGCAUCCGAAAUGCAGUACAUGCAGCCGCAAAUGCGCCCUCAAAACUAUUAUUCACCAUCUACAUCGUCUCCCGCCUCAACACGCAGUCAGCGGCAUCCUCAAUUCACUACUUAUCCUAUCUCACCCUAUGAAUAUCCCACCAGCCCACAUCAUUGGACAUCUGUUCGAGCAGGCCUGCACUUGACUCGUUUGCGCAGCCCUCGGAGAGCUCCCUCAAAUCAAGAUCAGAGCCCCGGUGCGGAGAGAACCCGUUAUUAUCAAUUCUUCUCAAAAUUUAUCUUGGAACCAGUAGAAAUUCGGCCAUACAUGGGGGUAACCACAUUGGAAUUUAAUGUUUCCGAGGAAGAUUUGGACAGUCUCUCCCUUACCGCUGUAUCAUCUGAAUCAACUGAUGAUGAGCCCCCAUAUGAGGUACCUGUGAGUCGACAUUUUAACAACUCCCAUCGAUACCGCAUCCGCUUGUGCGAAAGUCGCAAGCAAGAGGGACAACAGACCUUUGAUGCAGCCACAUGGUCUCGAAUUCCGACUUACUGGCCGCCGCACUUCUUUUUCUCGUUCAAUGAUGAAAUAAUCCAUGUCCGUCGAAGGCAACACUUUCAUCAUGACUUGCCUAUCGAACUUACUGACUCCCUGGCCGAAGGCAAGAAUACGAUCAAAGUGAAUUUGCCCUACUUUCCUCAAAAUCUAAAGAAAAACGUUGCUUACUUUAUGGCCGUGGAACUUGUAACGACAUUAAACCACAACUCUGUCCGGGAUUUGGUAAUCUCUGAGCCUCAUACCACUGUAGAAGCAACCAAAAAUGAGAUAAGCAGGCGACUGCAGAGAGUAGAGACGGAUGAAAUUGUCAUUGAGAGUGAUACUAUGACAAUCUCGGUCGCAGACAUACUUAGUUCUAAGCUCUUCGAUAUUCCCGUCCGAGGCCGCCAAUGCCGCCAUCUCGAAUGCUUCGAUUUACAAAAUUGGCUGGACUCGCGUCCCUCCAAGUGGCCACAAGAUGUGGAUGAGCCAUCAGUGGUUGACUGCUGGGCUUGCCCUUUGUGUGGUAUGGAUGCCCGGCCUUGCAAUCUACUAGUGGACGAUUUCUUCGUUGAAAUAAAGGAAAAGAUAUUGGAGAGAGGUAUGAGUAACACUAAAAAGAUUGAGAUGCGUGCCAAUGGCGCCUGGUCUCCUAUAGAGGAGCCUGAUGGAGAUGAUGAGUCGUCAGAUAGGGAUGGCGCCCAGCGGAAAUAAUCAGGUCAUGGAGCGCAUUGGAAUGGGAAAUGAUGAGGCGCUAAUGUUGACAGCUUAUAUAUCAUCAACUGUAUUGGAAAAUGUACGAAAUUACAUAGACAUGAAGGGCAAAUUGUCUGAGCUAAAACGAUGGAGGACUUUUGGGGUCAUUGACACAGCAAGGAAAUGAAGCAUGAGCAGUCUAUUUUUUGUCAACUUUCAUUGAAUAUAGCUUCAGAUAUUGGGUC